AAAUCAAAACAGUUAGUUAUAAAGAUCCUAACAUCUUUCUCUAUACCUGGAUGUUGGAUAGUUUACCUUUUGAUCUCCUCUAUGAGAUUCUCUCCAAGUUGGACCCCAAAUCUCGGGUUAUAAUGCAAUCCGUAGAUAAAACUAUCAACAUGCUCAUAUCCCACGAUCCGUAUCUCAAUUCCAGUAUCAAGGGUUCGAUUCCAAACCGGUGCGAUGGUAGUCGAGACGACGACGGUUACGAGUUUACACAGCCUUCCUCCUCUGCGAUGGAAGUAGAUGAGAAGGUGGGUCAUGAUGAUAAGUGUAUCUUUAAUCUAAGCAUGAUCAUGAGUGUGAUUGGGCAAAUCUCGCCAUAUGCUCAGAAGCUCGUGAAUAAAACGGAAACCCUACUUGGUAAAAGAUUGUUGAUUGAAGAUGAAACAGAACUGGAGAUGGAUGUGCCUUCUUCUUCGUCUGACAAGUUCAUGAACGUGGAGAGAAUAAACAAAAGAAGCAGAUUCGCGUAGACAAAUACAUAUCGUGCGAGCGAGGAACAUAUGAGUAUGUGGCUUAUUUUGGUUAAAUUGAAUAGAAGUUUGAUAGUUAAGUCUUUUAAGUUUUCUCUUUUGGUUCAUAAUUUUAUUGCGUUGAGCACCUCCUAUAAGGAAUAUAUGUACAACUUAUAUUAUGCCUUUUUAUUGAAACUUUGUUAUGAAGAA